AUGACCAUUUUUCUGGCCAUUCUAGUUAUUAUAUCUAUGUCCAAAUUAUCCUAUGGAGCUGAUGAUACUAUUACCCAAUCAGAUUCACUUUCUGAUGGAAGCACCUUGAUUUCCAAAGAUGAGACCUUCGAGUUAGGUUUCUUCAAUCCCGGUAGUUCCCCAUACCGCUAUCUUGGAAUUUGGUACAAAAACAUCCCUGUUCAAACUGUUGUUUGGGUUGCAAACCGUGAUAAUCCUAUCAAACACAGCAACUCAAGCAAGUUGAUCAUAAACAAACAAGGUAAUCUCGUUCUUCUCAGCAGCAAUCAGUCUCUUCUAUGGUCAACUAACACAACAAAGAAGUCUUCAACUCCAGUUGUCCAGCUUCUCAACAACGGAAAUUUAGUGAUCAGAGAUGAAAGUGAUGGAGAGAGUUUCUUAUGGCAGAGCUUUGACUAUCCUACUAAUACGUUAUUACCAGAAAUGAAAAUUGGAUGGGACAAGAAAACUGGUAUUAAUAGGCUACAAACUGCGUGGAAAAAUUGGGAAGAUCCAUCUUUAGGUGAUUUUACAUCAUCCAUGAGUCUUAGUAAUAAUCCAGAAGUGGUUGUUUUGAAAGGUUCAAGUGAGUUCUACAGAACAGGACCUAUGAUUGGUACUACGUCUAGUGGAGUUUAUGGGAUGCAAGAUAACCCAAUUUUUAAAUCAGAGGUUGUAAGCAAUGAAGAUGAAGCGUAUUUUUUGUUCACCCUAAAGAACAAAUCUGUGAUUUCCAUAGUUGUUUUAAAUCAGACUCUUAUGCUUCUUCAACGCCUUGUAUGGAUUCCUGCAUCUAGAAAAUGGAGUAAUUACUUGAACCUACCACAUGAUACUUGUGAUGGUUAUAAUAUUUGUGGACCAUAUGGGAAAUGUGUGAUUGACGCAUCACCAAUUUGUCAGUGUUUGGAUGGGUUUAAGCCAAAAUCACCCCAACAGUGGAGCACAAUGAACUGGGCAGAUGGAUGUGUGCAUACUGGAAAUUGGAGCUGUGGAAUCAAGAGUAGGGACGGUUUUCUUAAAGUUAGUGGAGUGAAGUUGCCAGAUACUACAAAUACAUGGGUUGAUGUUAAUAUGACACUUAAUGAUUGCAAGCUCAAAUGUCUGCAAAAUUGUUCCUGCACAGCUUACUCAAGCUUCACCUCAAAUGAAGAUAGUGGUGGCUGUACCAUAUGGUUUAAUGAUCUUAAAGAUUUGAGAGAUUCAGAUUCUCAGAGAAACCUAUAUGUUCGAAUUGAUGCAUCAAAUAUAGGGGAUAAACAUGAUUAUACAAAAAUGGCUAUCCUGGUGGUUUCGAUCAUUGCUUUUGCAUUCAUUGUGAUUCUAUUGACACUAUACAUUUAUAAAAAAAAGAUAAAGAACAAAGAAAACAAAAAUGAAGGUGAGCAUUAUAAUUUAGACCUUCCUUGCUUUGAUCUUGCUACAAUAUUUGAGGCCACAGAUAAUUUCUCAAAUGUUAACAAAUUGGGCGAAGGUGGUUUUGGACCGGUCUACAAGGGUAAGUUGCAAGAUGGUCAAGAAAUUGCAGUCAAAAGACUUUCAAGGAGUUCUGGACAAGGAUUGAAUGAAUUCACGAACGAAGUUAUUUUAUGUUCUAAACUUCAACAUCGAAAUCUUGUUAAGAUAGUUGGCUAUUGUGUUGAAAGCGAUGAAAAAAUGUUGAUCUAUGAAUAUAUGUCGAAUACAAGCCUAGAUUCAUUUAUUUUUGAUCCAAUUCAAAGUAAAGUAUUAGAUUGGCCUAUGCGUUUGAACAUUUUGUAUGGAAUUGCCCGAGGUCUUCUAUAUCUACAUCAAGACUCAAGGUUAAGAAUAGUACAUAGAGAUUUGAAAGCGAGCAAUAUUUUAUUAGACCAAUAUAUGAAUCCAAAAAUUUCAGAUUUUGGUCUUGCUAAAAUGUGUGGAGAUGACCAAAUAAAAGGGAAAACAAGUCGAAUAGUUGGUACAUAUGGUUAUAUGGCACCAGAAUAUGCAACUGAUGGAUUAUUCUCAAUUAAAUCAGAUGUAUUUAGUUUCGGUGUCUUAUUGCUAGAACUUAUAAGUGGAAAGAAAAACAGAACCCUUGCCUUCAAUCAAAAUGAUCAUAAUCUUAUUGCACAAGCAUGGAGAUUGUGGAAAGAGGGCGUUUUAUACUCAUUGAUUGAUGAUAGUUUGACAGACACAUGUAUCCAAAAUGAAGCUUUACGGUGCAUUCAAAUUGGACUUUUAUGUUUGCAGCAUCAUCCUGACGAUAGGCCAAAUAUGACAUCUGUUGUUCUGAUGUUGAGUAACAAUAAUAUUUUACCUCUACCACAUGAACCAGGUUAUUUAUAUAAAAACAUACGAGACGAAGGAGAAGUUUCUUCCGAAAUACAAACAUCUUCUUCAAUAAAUAAUGUAACUAUCUCACAAUUAGAUUCAAGAUAA